AUGUUUAGAGCUCAGUUCGCACCCAAUGCAGACUCUGGAUUUCGCCCACCACAAGGUGUGAAUCAACAACACCCAGCUCCUGCACCUCAGCAGGAGAUCAACAAAAAGGUGUUGAAAUUGAAGCAACAUGUUGACGGAGGUUACACUGAUCUCCAAACAAAGUUUGAAACCCUGAACUCUCAGUUUAAAUCAUUGGACAACCACAUUGCUCAGGUUACGUCCUAUUCUCAGAGGACACCAUGUAUACUCCCUAGAAAGUGUGAAGCCAAUUCUAAGGAGACAUAUAAUGUCAACUUCUCUGAGGAUGAAAGCUAUGAAGAUAGCAUGGAGAGGUCCUUGCAAGAGGAAGACUCUGAUGAUGAAAUGGAUACUGAUGAAACCUUUUCUACUAAAAAGAUGAGGGGGGUCACUCCAAAGACUCUGUACUGA